UAUCAUCAAUAAUACUUACAGUCCGAGACGCCCAAAGUGACACUGUAGAUCGCAAAAUUUGGGUUUUCUGCUCCUGUUCACCAUUCCAAAUCGCCUUCCAUGUCGAUUCCCUUUUUCUUCUUUGUUCUGUCGAUUCCCUUUUUCUUCUUUGUUCUGUUGCGAUUCCCUUUUCCUUCUUUGUUCUGUCGAUUCCCUUUUUCUUCUUUGUUCUGUUGCGUUUCUCAUUCCUUUUCCUGUUUUGUUUUGAUACAUUUAAUGCCUUUUCGAUUUCCUUUUCAAUUUCCUUUGUCUUCUUUCGCGUUCAAUUUGCUACAUGGAUGGGUUUGGGUAAGCUUUUCGCCCACUUGCUUGUUUUAAGUUCGUCUGGAUUCAGCGGAAAGGUAUUUGUCGGAAUACUUUCCAUUUUGUGACGGAUGCAGGCUGAAAGGGAUUUGGCAGAAGGUUUGCUUUUGUGCUUGAUUUGUCUCGUUUCCAAUUUGUUUUGCCCAUAUGUAUCGGUUAUUUCUUUCUCCUUCAUUCCGUCUCGCUCUCUCUUUUGUGGUGGUUGUUCUUUUUCGUUUUUGUAUUCUCUCAAAUGGCUGGUAGGUUUGAUUUCUUCAUUAAUCUAAAUCCCAAUUGAAUAUUGAUUGUUUUUCCCCUGUUUCAUUCUACAGGUUCUUGCCAGAUUUGUUUCAUCGGUUUGUUAUGACCUGAUUUGUUCUUCAUAUUUAUUUUAUUUCUAAUUUUUACAGUUUCCGGAGGAAGUACUGUCUUUCACUUUUUCACAUGAUUCAUGUUAUGUUGUUUAAUUUGCAGAUUCAUGGCAACAAGUGGGGUUGAUGCUUGUAACAGGCUUCAACUGUGGUUGGAUAUUCAGUUUCUCUAACCUUAUAAUGGUUCCAUUGGGUUGGACUUGGGGUGUUAUAUUGCUUUUUGUUGUUGGAUUCUACACAGCUUAUGCUAAUUGGUUAUUGGCAAAAGCCCCUAAAUCCCAAUUGAAUAUUGAUUGUUUUUCCCCUGUUUCAUUCUACAGGUUCUUGCCAGAUUUGUUUCAUCGGUUUGUUAUGACCUGAUUUGUUCUUCAUAUUUAUUUUAUUUCUAAUUUUUACAGUUUCCGGAGGAAGUACUGUCUUUCACUUUUUCACAUGAUUCAUGUUAUGUUGUUUAAUUUGCAGAUUCAUGGCAACAAGUGGGGUUGAUGCUUGUAACAGGCUUCAACUGUGGUUGGAUAUUCAGUUUCUCUAACCUUAUAAUGGUUCCAUUGGGUUGGACUUGGGGUGUUAUAUUGCUUUUUGUUGUUGGAUUCUACACAGCUUAUGCUAAUUGGUUAUUGGCAAAAGCCCCUAAAUCCCAAUUGAAUAUUGAUUGUUUUUCCCCUGUUUCAUUCUACAGGUUCUUGCCAGAUUUGUUUCAUCGGUUUGUUAUGACCUGAUUUGUUCUUCAUAUUUAUUUUAUUUCUAAUUUUUACAGUUUCCGGAGGAAGUACUGUCUUUCACUUUUUCACAUGAUUCAUGUUAUGUUGUUUAAUUUGCAGAUUCAUGGCAACAAGUGGGGUUGAUGCUUGUAACAGGCUUCAACUGUGGUUGGAUAUUCAGUUUCUCUAACCUUAUAAUGGUUCCAUUGGGUUGGACUUGGGGUGUUAUAUUGCUUUUUGUUGUUGGAUUCUACACAGCUUAUGCUAAUUGGUUAUUGGCAAAUGCCCCUAAUGAUUGUGAUGAGAAGGACCAUCUUCGGUGGAUGAAUUGUUUAAACCGGGACUUCACAAUUAAUGGGUUGAUGCUUGACCCGUAUGCAAGAGUUGUAUAUGAUUACAUGGGGGGAAUAGAAGAUAUUAGAAAAGCUAAAGUACGGACUAUAAUUCCUGCAGAUAUGUCUUUUCGGGAAGAUUGUGCUCGAAUUCUACGUGCAAUUAGAGUUACUGCCCGCUUAGGAUUUAGUAUUUCUAAGGAAACAGCUCAUUUUGUUAAACUUUUGUCUUCUUCUGUAGCAAGACUUAAUAAGGGUAGGCUCUUGAUGGAAAUAGAUUAUAUGCUAGCUUAUGGUUCCGGUGAAGCUUCUUUGAGGCUAUUAUGGAAAUUUGGACUGCUAGAUAUACUUCUUCCCUUCCAGGCUGCUUAUUUUACUCACCAUGGAUUUCGAAGGAGGGACAAAAGGACCAAUAUGCUUUUGUCUCUCUUCUCCAAUUUAGAUAAGCUUUUGGCUCCAAACCGUCCAUGUCAUAGUAGCUUAUGGUGUGGGAUCCUAGCAUUACAUAAAGCAUUGAGUGAUCGGCCGAGGGACCCCUUGGUGGUUGCUGCAUUUAGCCUUGCAGUUUAUAAUGGUGGAAACGUGUUGGAAGCAGUUAAGAUAGCAAGGAUGAUCAAUAAGCCACAUGAUAUGAAAUUUCCUGAAUUAUUAGACCUUUCAGGCAAUGUGGAGCCUUUGGAAGCUGGGGUUAGGGAUCUAGCAGAGUCUGUUAGAGGGGCAUUGUUGCAAAUGACUGAUGAACAUUUUGUAUCUCAGGCUAUGGCUGACUAUCCACAAGCUCCUCAUUCAGACCUAGUGUUCAUCCCAUUAGCAUUGUACGUAAAAGCCUUCAGCAUUUUUGAAUGUGUGAAAAGGAGUUAUGAUAAGAAAUCUUUGUCAAAGCAAGACAUGAAAAUUGAUUAUGAGUCCUUAGCUAAUGGUAAUAUACAAGAAAUAAGACACGUUUUUGCAAGAAUUGUAUUUGAUACGGUGUUCCCACUUCAUCAAGAUCAGGAUCAGUCACUGCAGAGCAGUAGGGUUUCACAUUAAUUUCAGAGACUGAAGUGUCUAAUUCCUACAAUUAGAGGUGUUGUUGCUCCCUAAUCUGUGGCUUUCUUCUAUUUUUCAUUUAGCCUUAGAAAACAGGGGAUGACUUGGUUUCUUUUAAUUCAUUUUAUGCUUCGGUGUGUGUAUUGAAUUAAUGUUUGGCAUGCUAUCUAUUUUUAAUAAAAUUUUAUUUUGAUUUUUCAUAAAAACAAAAAAAAAGUUAAGGUCUAUCCCCUGUUUAGCUAGAGUUAUAUUGAUUGUUCGCUUAAAAAAGUUUAUAUUGUGAACUGAGGAUUAAAAGUAUUCUAGAAGUCUAUUUGGAAUAUAAAUAAAAAUAGAAUCUUGUUUGGCAGGAUAUGAGGCUGACUAUUUAUAUGACUGGACAAUUUUAAAAUAUCAGGAGAUUCAACAGGCAAAGGAACAAAAUCUAUCAAUUGUGCGUGAUUCCUUAAUUUGCCGUGUUUGAAUUUCCAUUUUGAAAGUUUGUGAAGAUUAGUAAACUUAGUUAGGAUCAUUGUAUAAAGUGUACCUUACACUUAUUGUAAUUAACUUUUCUGAUUGUAUCAAUUCGAAAUAAUCAAUCUUUCUCUCAAUUAGUUUAUCAA